AAAAGAAAGAACGGACGAGUAAAAUACAAGGCGUCAGAAGAUGCCAGAGUUGCUCGAAGUCAGGUAGAAAUUCCGAUCCUCUGAGCAUUGCAGGCCACAAACUCCAAUAUCCGAAGGCAUUUUUACACCGGGGGAAAAGCGACGCCGUUUCUUCACGACUCGAAUGACGGACUGGGACUGCUCCAAGGACUCCCAUAUACGCCGAUUGUGCUGAGCCUCUGAUCUGUUAUGUAAAAGCUGGUUGUGAUGAUGUCGAGGCCCUGGGUACUGGUUUGUCUGCUGCUGUUAAUUGUAUUUACGUCGCAGUUUGAGUGGAAGCAACAAUAUGGGAAUGAAGCCGAAGCGAGUCCAAACACUUCCCAGAAACAGGACUACAUAUCUGAAAGAGAAGAGUCUGUGAAAGAAAAGAUUAUCCUCUCUCAAGAAAAGAAUAUUCAGAAGCUUAAUGAGCUCGUGCAGAGUCUUCGGGAACAGUUGCAACAAUGCAGGGGUGAAAGUGACAUUGCCAAUGGCACAGCAACUUCUUUGACUGAACUUCUAACUGAGCUUGAGCGUCAUCCAAUAUUGGAGGACUAGUUAUGGGUCAGAUAUAUUAAAUCAAUAUUUUUAAAAUUUAUAAGUAGGAAAACCUUGUUUCCUUUCUACGCCGUCUUCCUUCAUUGUAAGGUUCUAUCAACAUUGUUACAAUUGUAAGUCAAUCCCCAACAUUAAAUCCACAUUUUCUCUUGUCAAUACUUCAUGAUCAUUAAAGCCUGCAUGCUAUGCGCUUUACUCCAA